UCCGCCUUAUCUCUCCCAUCCCCUAUUCCACUCUCGAUAGUUCCAUCCCUCCGGAGAAUACAAUUUACAGCUCUGUAACUUGAAUUCUAAUACUUCGGAAAAUCACUAAGCAAUAUGUCUUCCGACAAGCUUAAAGCCGAAGGAAACGCGGCUUUUUCUGCGAAGGAUUUCGACAAGGCCAUCGGCCUCUUCACCCAGGCUAUUGAGGUUGAUCCUGAAAAUCAUGUUCUCUUCUCGAAUCGUUCCGCAUGUUACGCUUCUAUCAAAGACUUUGACGGUGCCCUGAAGGAUGCAGUCAAGUGUAUCGAAAUAAAGCCGGACUGGGCCAAAGGUCACACUAGGAAAGGUGCCGCUCUCCAUGGCCAAGGCGAUUUAGCUGGAGCAUUGGAAACCUAUGAGGACGCCCUAAAACUCGACCCGAACAACCCGCAGGCCAAAUCUGGAGUAAAGACCAUACAGGAGGCUAUCGCUCGCGACAGCCAUCAAGGCGCAGAUCUCGGCAUGGGAAACCUCUUCAAAGACCCACAAUUUUUGGAAAAGCUCGCAAGAAAUCCGAGGACUUCAAGCUACCUUGAGGAUGUGGAAUUCAUGGAAAAGCUAGAAAGAAUCCGUGACGACCCUAACCUUAUCCAGACCGAGCUGCGCGAUCCAAGGAUCAUGCAGGUCAUCGCGGCCCUACUGGGGCUCCAGAUGGAAAUGGGUGACAGUCCUGGCGGGCCAGGGGGGGCUAGCGGAUCCUUUGGGGACACAGAAAUGCCAGACGCAUCCGGGGCUCCACCGCCAAAGAAAGCUGCGACUCCGCCUCCAGAGCCAGAGGACGAAGAGGCCAAGGCUAAGAAGGAGGCUAAGGAGGCAGCGGAUAAGGAGAAAGCGCUGGGUAAUGAGAACUACAAGAAACGCAACUUUGACGCUGCUAUCGAGCACUAUGACAGAGCGUGGGAAUUGCACAAGGAUAUCACAUACCUCAACAAUCUCGCUGCCGCCAAAUUUGAGGCAGGCGACUACGAAGGCUGCAUAAAGGAGUGUGAGAGGGCUAUCGAAGAAGGUCGUGAAAUCCACGCCGACUUUAAACUAGUCGCAAAAGCCUUCGGCCGUAUCGGCACCGCCCACCAAAAACUUGAAAACUACCCCGCAGCAAUAGAUUACUACCAACGCUCUCUCACAGAACACCGCACGCCCGAAAUUCUCCAGAAACUCCGCGCGGUCGAAAAGUCCCAAGCAGACCGCGAUCGUGUCUCCUACAUCGACCCGGAGAAGGCCGAGGAAGCGAGAGAAGCGGGUAACGCAUAUUUCAAAUCUGCAAAUUGGCCUGAUGCCGUUAAGUCCUACACGGAGAUGAUCAAGCGUGCACCGGAGGACCCGCGCGGGUACACCAAUCGCGCAGCGGCCCUGACCAAGCUCAUGUCUUUCCCGGAAGCUGUCAAGGACUGCGACGAAGCCAUUAAGCACGACCCGGGCUUCAUGCGUGCGCACAUUCGAAAAGCCCAGGCCUGCUUUGCCAUGCGCGAGUACAACAAGUGCCUCGAAGCGUGCAAUGCGGCGACAGAAGCAGACACAGAGAGCAAGCACACCAGGGAAAUAGAGGACCUCACCAGAAAAGCCAUGCAAACGAUGUACUCUGCUCGCGAAGGCGAGACCGAAGAGCAGACAAUGGAGAGGAUUCAAAAGGAUCCCGAGAUCGUCGCCAUCAUUUCCGACCCCGUCAUGCAGAGCAUCCUACAGCAAGCUAAGAGGGACCCUGCCGCGCUUACCGAGCAUAUGAAGAACCCGGUUGUCAGGGGGAAGGUGCAAAAGUUGAUGGCUGCCGGGAUUAUUAGGAUUGGCUAGUUGGUUGGAUGGUUUGUGAGGGAGGGAUUUGUGAUUCCGUUUUACUCUUUCUUCUUUCCUUCAUUUUUUUUCCCCUU